AUGCCUAUCUUCUACUCCUGCACCGGUGACGACGUCUGGAUUCGGUGCGAACUCCCGGCCACCAACACCCAGGCGUGGGCGAAGCGGAGCACGAGCUCCGACCGGCGAGGGCGGGCAGAGACCUGCGGGCUGCUGGAGCGGGCGAGUCUGCGGAGGGGCUACGCCGUCUCGCUGGCCAGGGGGGCCUCCCUGGUGGUCCUCGACCCCCGCCCCCAAGACGCGGGCACCUACCUCUGCGGUGUCGGAGGCAAAGAGUACAGAGUGAGGCUUCGGGUGGUGGGGCCAGGUUUCCUGGAAGUUCUGAGGAAGUGGUGGAUUCCCCUGGCGACCAUGAUCUGUGCCUCCUGCCUGUCCGCCUCAACCUUUGGCCUUGUCCUGAAGCUCCGACGCAAGUGGCAGCACCAAGCUCGCAAUAAAAGGAUCUCGAGGAUGAUGAGCAGUUUCUUCAAGAAGACAUCAGCAUUGGACACCCAACUCAACGGGACAUACAGAAACCAUGUCUCAACAAUGGAGCAAGGUGCUGAAGUGAAUCACAGCGGCUCUGGUUCCACGAGCUACGAAAACUUGGGAUCACCUGAGGAAGACGGAGGUGCUGCGGAACAACCUCUAACCAGCGAGUUUGACGAGGAACAAGAUGUGGGACUAUCUUACGAAAACCUGUGCGCUGAGGAAGACCAAGUGUCUGAGGAUUACCUAGAACCAAAUAUUGACACAGGAAGCGUGAAUACAGAUGAUUACAUGGAACCAGACUGUGAUUCGGGAGACAGACAGCAGAAUUGCACCGAUACUUGCAGUCCAGUGGCUCCCCCUCUCUCAGAUUCACAGUCCGAGAGGCCGAGAACUGGGAGUCUCUACGCAGCCCCGAAGAUGAGGUCUCAAAGGCAAGAGGAGCGAAGUGGGGAGGAAGACCCUCCGAGGUACACAGGACAGGACUCUGAGGGUUGGAGGAGAGGGAGCCAUUACACAGCCCCUCAGUCGAAGAAUUACAGCAAUGAAGACAGCAGCGAUGAAGAUUACGCCGUGCCUGACCCAGACAGCCCUGUGAAGCUACAGAUGUGCACCUCCAGCACCUACAUGAACCGUGAGUCCGGGAAGGGGGAACUGAGGAGGACAGGGGUCCUGGGGGUGACUCUGCCGGGCGGGUGGGAGAGCUGGAGACACAGUUCCAGCGGGAGAAGCAUCGACUCGGGCACCUGGCAACCAGGGAAGGGCGGGGGGAACGCGUUCGGAGUAGAGGGACCUUUGUGGGCCCCAGUGGACUGUAGUGUGGAAGCCUUGCAGCUCCAACUGUCUGAGGCGCUGGCUGAAAUCGAGAACAUCAAGGCCAUAGCCACAGUGUCAGAGAGCACCAAGCAGGAGGCCAUCGACCAGGUGAAGCAGCACUGCCAGGAGGAGGUGGCGUCGCUACAGACCAUCAUGAAGGAGUCGAUCAGUAACUAUGAGGCGCAGCUGAGAAAUGUCGAGAAGGAGCGUUCACAGUGGAGGCAGUUUCAGGAUGCCAAGGAGAGAGAAAUCGCCAAACUCCGGAGGCACCUUUCUGGAAGUCUCCCUCAAGACAACCUGGAGAAUGAGAUGAGGAAGGCACAGGAAGAUGCCGAGAAGCUGCGAUCGAUUGUGAUGCCCAUGGAACAGGAGAUCGCCUCGCUGAAGCAGAAGCUGGCAAAGGCUCAGGAUCAGCUCUCCGCUGAUUCUCCGCAAGCUCCCCUCACACAUCGGUGCGAGACAGAAACCCCGUGGAGGGAAGAGCCCUUGGUCCCUCGCAGGGGAUCCCCCAGGGAGUGGGGCUCCGAGGAGAGCGACAGCGCUUCCGAGACCCCAGCCGGAGCGGACACCUUCGCCGCCAACUGCGCCGGCUGGACCACAGCGUCGGGGCCUGCCCCCUCCCCCUUGGCUCGGCCACUCCCCCCCGGCAAGGAAGACACGGCCUCACUGCUCUCCACUGGCACCCUGGUGCCCGAGUCCAUCUACCUACCCCCCGCCCGGGUGUCACCUACUCCACGAUGAGGAAUGGAACGAGCUGCAUCAGGAGGUCAAACAGCACCAGGUGUCCCUGCACCAGACGCGGGAGCAGCUGGAGAGAGAGACUGCAGUUCGCAAAAACCUGGAGGAAGCACUGAGACAGAGCAGCGUGGAGUGUGGCCAAGAGGUAGCACUUCUGAAAGAUAAAGUGGACUCUUCCAUGUUGGAGAUUCAGAGGCUUAAAGAGAUGUUUACACUGGUUCAGGACCGAACAGAGAAACAGAUGGU